AUUCUAUACCAUUUAUUAGAUAGUGGUUAACACUCGUGCACUGUUCCAGAGUUUCUGAUUCAUCGCCAGGUAAACUUCUUUUCCAUUAGUAUAAACAAUAUUAUUAUUUCAACUUGGAAGUUAUUUUUUAAUGGUGAUUUCCCUUCCCUUAUAGGGCACAUUCACACACAUAAAGGAAAAAAAUGGAUCAAUUAAUGAAACUAAUGAUACCUGUACAACAGUUCUGUAAAGAUUCAAUUAGACUAGUGAAGAGGUGCACUAAACCUGACAAGAAUGGUAAAUAUCAUUCAACUUCUUUUAUUCAAUAUUUUACAAUAAUCUACUGUAAUAUUUUUCAAUUUGUACUUAUGCACAUAGAGUUCAAAAAAGUUUCAAUUGCUACUGCAGUUGGUUUUUGCAUAAUGGGUUUCAUUGGUUUUUUCGUUAAACUUAUUCAUAUACCCAUCAACAACAUUAUUGUGUAAGUACCUACAUUAAGUCAGCUAGAUAAUAUUAUUUUUUGACAAUUUUUGCAUAAAUAUUCUUAUAUUUGAAUCUUUUUUGAGUUAUAAAAGUUAUAAGGUUACAUAAUUAUAUUUAUCACAAUUAAUUUUGUUAUACAACUUUUUAUAUAAUUAAUAUACAAUACAUUUAAUUUAAUAAAUAAGUUUGAAAUAUUGUCUUUUCUAUUGAUGAUUAAUGUAAUAUCAACAAUUUCAAUUUACAUGUGGUAUUGAGUUAUUAUGAUUAUUAUGAUAAGAAGAAGUUUAUCAUAUUUUAGUAUUUAUAUUAAAUUUAAUCAUUUUUUAAAAAUAAGCAGAAUUGUUUUUUUUUUUUUUUAAAUCAAAGUUAUCAAUUAAUAUUCCAUAAAUUACAGAGUUAUUUACUUAUUUAGAGUUUUACUUUUAUUCAAUUUACAUAUUGUAAAUGAUAAGAUAUAAUAAUAUAAAUAUGUAUUUAUAAAAUAAUUUACUAUUCAUAUUAUGUAGUAUUUAAAUUGUUAAUUUAACCCAAAUUACAUUGUACUGUUUCUUCCUCAAUAAUUAACGAAGGAACAAUAAAAUAAUAAAUGAUUAAUUAUUAAUCAUAUAGUUCAACAUUGAGGAUGGAUGAUUGAAUGGGUUAUUUCAAAAAAACUAAGCAUUUGGUGAAAAAGCCACUUUUUAGUAGGCCAAUCUGAUAAUCAAAUCAUUGAUCCAUCCAAUCAUAAUUUAAGGAACACCGAUUUCCAUUUAAUUGGGCAUCAAAUUAAUUAAAAAAUAGUCUAUCAGUUAAACCGUAUUAUAGUCCCUUACUAUUAUUUAAUAUAUAUUAUAUAAAAAGUUUAACUUAAUCAUUGGUAUUUUUUGUGCACUUCGAAAAUUAAAUUAAUAUACUAAUAUAUUGGAAGUAGUAAGUAUGUAUCUAUAUAUAUAUAUAUAUAUAUGUAUAUUUUACAGAUGAAUCCUGAAAUCUAGCAAAUCACAUACUACAUUCCUUUUAAAUUAUUAUCUGUGAACAACCUUUUUACUGUAAAUUUUUCUCCGAUUUUCAAAUAUAGCAAUUUUUCUGAAAAGAAAUCUGUUUGGAGUGGUUCUUUAGAGAAUUAAUUCUUUCUUAUUUUUUGAUUUUCCCAGCAAUUUUCAUAAUACAUUGGAAAAAUUAGGGGGCGUAGGAAAAUUGGUAAAAAGAAGUAUAAUAUUAAACAAAUAUUACUAAAGAAAAAAUAUAUAUAAUGUGUACUAUAUACUAUUUUACCAUAAUACGACCUAAUAUAUUGUUGACAAAACCACUUUUUGCUCAGAAUCGUUUUUCAUUAGAAAUGGUUAAUCAUUGUAUGCAGAUAUACUUUAAAUUUCCUCUCUACCUUCAAAAUUUCUCACCUACAACAGUGACCCACCCACGUGUGAAGUAUGUCAAUUUUUUUUGUAACUUCUUUUAGUUUUUUUUUUUUUCAAAUUAGAUACACAUAUUUUGUUAGUUAUUGCUAAAGACUAGUAACAUAAGCUUACAUUAAAUAUAAACUAAAAUACAAUUGUAGUAUUAUACAAAUUAGUUAAGGUGUAUAUCUCUAAUAUACCAACUUAUAGUUUAACAAUUAAAUAAAGUAUUAAGUUGAGAACAUGAUAAAUUGAAUAUAGAGAGCUUAUGAUAAAAGUAGCUGUAUCUUUGCCUAAAUGUUUAUUUUAUAUAGUCACUAGUUACAUACCAGAUAUUUUAAUGCAAGAAUCAAUUUAUUAUUGAGGGCAUUGCAAUAUAAAAAGAAAAACAUACCUACCUACCUACUGUAAAAAAUUAAAAUAUAUGGACAGUUUUGCUAUGGCAAAAGCUGAAACCUGGCAGAUAUGCCCAGGCAUGUCUGAAAUUUAUAAGAUAAAAAUGUACAUGUACCCUAUACAUUUUAAAUAUUUUUUAUAUUUAUUUUAUAUUAUUAUAUUGUUUUUUUUUUUAAAUUUAAUACAUAAUAAUUAUAUUUGCAUCUAUAUGCUAUAGUAUUAAGUAUGCUACCUGUUUAUUAUCAUAACUACUGUGAAUUUCCAAUCAUAUAUGAUUUUUUACUUUUUAUAUAAAUUAUAAUAUGACUUUUUUUUUUACAGUGGAUCAUAAAGCAUUUCAAGUGGGCCUCUAUAUUUCUUA